ACAAACCAACAGCAGCUUCUUCUGACAUAUACACACGCACACUCACCCCCGACUCACACUCAGCACACUUUUCCUCCAUCUGAUUAACAGUCCUGCACACACGAUGAUCACGGGGAAAGCGUAAAUAAAUACGAAAAGGGUUGAUUAUUUUGACUACUGGAAGAGCUUUGCUGGGUCUCAGCGCAACUUUUGUUUUUAUUACUGAGAAGGUGAUUGCUCCAGGCCUUUCUCUCACACAAGGAUUCUUUAAAAGAGGAAGAGAGACAGAGACGGGGGGAGACCAAUCUUUCACUUUAAGACCGGCUGGGCUCAAAGAUAAAAGGAAGGGGAAGGCAGCCGCUAGGAAUCCACCGCCGCAGCACUUCGGAAAGACGUUUCUGGUACAUUUCUGAGCGCCGCGGCCCGUUUCUCCACCGAAGUUGGCUCCAGCUCUAGCAGCCGCAUUGGAUCCCACAGCUUACUGCGAGACUCCGGUGUACAAUCCGGAUCUCUGCCCCAACAUGAUCGCGGCCCAGGCCAAGCUGGUCUACCAUCUGAAUAAAUACUACAACGAAAAAUGCCAAGCCAGGAAAGCUGCCAUUGCCAAAACUAUCCGGGAAGUCUGCAAAGUAGUUUCCGACGUCCUGAAGGAGGUGGAAGUGCAGGAGCCGCGGUUCAUCAGCUCUCUCAACGAGAUGGACAAUCGCUACGAGGGCCUCGAGGUCAUCUCCCCCACCGAAUUUGAGGUGGUGCUUUACCUUAACCAAAUGGGAGUGUUCAACUUUGUGGACGACGGCUCGCUGCCUGGCUGCGCGGUGCUCAAGUUGAGCGACGGGCGCAAGAGGAGCAUGUCCCUCUGGGUGGAAUUCAUUACCGCCUCCGGCUACCUCUCGGCGCGAAAAAUCCGGUCCAGGUUUCAGACGCUGGUGGCUCAAGCGGUUGACAAAUGCAGCUACAGGGAUGUGGUAAAGAUGGUGGCAGACACCAGCGAAGUGAAACUGAGAAUCCGAGAUAGGUACGUGGUGCAGAUCACACCGGCUUUUAAAUGCACUGGGAUCUGGCCAAGGAGUGCUGCCCACUGGCCACUUCCCCACAUCCCCUGGCCUGGACCCAACCGGGUGGCGGAGGUCAAAGCGGAAGGGUUCAACCUCUUGUCCAAGGAGUGCCACUCCCUGGCCGGCAAGCAGAGCUCGGCGGAGAGCGACGCCUGGGUGCUGCAGUUCGCGGAGGCAGAGAACAGACUGCAGAUGGGGGGCUGCAGAAAGAAAUGCCUCUCCAUUCUCAAAACCUUACGGGAUCGUCACCUCGAACUGCCAGGCCAGCCCCUGAACAAUUACCACAUGAAGACUCUGGUUUCCUACGAGUGUGAAAAGCAUCCCCGGGAGUCGGACUGGGACGAGUCUUGCCUGGGUGAUCGGCUUAACGGGAUUUUGCUGCAACUUAUCUCCUGCCUGCAGUGCCGGCGGUGUCCUCACUACUUUUUACCGAACUUAGAUCUGUUUCAAGGCAAACCUCACUCGGCUCUGGAGAACGCUGCCAAACAAACGUGGCGACUUGCAAGAGAGAUCCUGACCAACCCGAAAGUUUGGAAAAACUUUAGAGGACAAUUUAAUCGACAGCCGAAAUGUGAUUCCUAGUCUCCAAGUUCUCAAGAAGUGUAGACUUCCUGUUCGAUUCCUAUCUAAUAUUCCACUUGACAGUGCAAACAAUCUCUUCCUUGAAAAGGAAUACUAAUACAGUGUUUAGGCAUCAUCUCACCCACCCCUCCAAAGGAAGGAAAAGAAGUAGGGAAAGCCAAGCGGAUGGAGAAAAGCCCAAACCCGCAAGUAUUAGAAGACUUCUUUACAAAGGAUUUCAUAUCGCCCUUGAAAAGUACACAGUAACACCCGGAAAACAGCCUGGCUCUAACGCAAGACCGCAAUGAACACUGCCUAACUAUCAAAGGAUUAUAGCAAUCCUGGUGAUUUAGGCGCAUCUGGCUGUGAGUAAACACGAUUUGGAUAUGCCAUCUGAAGGGAAGUGUAAUGUAUAUUUUGAUUUGUAACAAAUAUUGUGAUCUCACUUUGUCUUUGCAAGUGUGGAUGUUGGUGUUUUGUGAUUUGGUGAACAGAAGUUGAAUUGCCAUUUUGGAUACUUCCAGGCAUUUUCCACUAACGAAGAUAUAAUUUAAAGGUAGAUUUCCUCUUGGUACUUUUAUCUGUCUUCAAAAGUGUCUGAACUUUAAAAAGUUUACAUUAUGUUUCAAAUAUAUUGCUUGUUCUAUUUCUAACAUUCCAUAAAUAUACUUGAAAUGUUAUUUAAAUAUAUUCAAAGAAAUUUGAAUUCAGCUUAUAUAAUAACGCUUGAAUAUCUGAAUUAUAUAUUUGAAAAAUGCACUUGAAAUACACUGGAUAAUUACUUUUGUGAUUUAGAUUUUAAUUUCUGUUGCCAGUUUUUAUUUAAUUAGAAGCUAAUAAAUGAAGUAAAAUUAAAGUUGUUGUGUCUCACUUUGAAUUGUUUUUCUGUUAAAAGAUGCAAUGCUUCAUUUUGAAAAUCGAAUCCACUUGAAUAUUUUAAACAUUUUUGGGAAAUAUACUAAUGAAAUAAUUAAAAAUAAAACCUUAAAAUAUUGGAGAAAAGCUCUUUUUGUAUAGUUGCAGAAGAGAAUGACCUACUGUCAGUUUCUGACUUUGUAUAAGGCUAUUCCAUUCUACAACAGACACAAUUUAAAUCUACCUGUGAAAUCUUGCUAUUCUGGGCUAAUACUUCUGUAGGAUUUUUGAUAAUAUAAGGAUACAAUAUAUCAUGACAGUCAAGACUGCUGAGUUAAAAAUCAGACUAAGAGAAAAUGAACUUAACAAAGUCCUAAAAAACUUUGGACAUUUGUGUGUGAAAACUAACUGUGCUAAUAAAAUGAAGAUAAUUUCUGACCUAUUUUAUGUCAAACCUUAUUUUCUUCAGGAAGUGUUUCAUUGGUGGAAUGAAUGAAUCAGAUAUCCAAAGUUACUUUUUACUUCAUAGGGCAAACCAAUGAUAAAAACAUAAAGACGUAGUUUAAAUUAUCUAACAUCAAAUGCACUACAUUCAAACUCAUUUUCAAAUUCCGUUCUUUUGGAUUUAGAAGUAAAAGUCCCAUGGGUAUCCUUCAGAGUAUUUUAACAGUCAACAAGUGCAGGAAGGGCUAAUCACCUAUGGGCCUUAAGGUAGUUAGUUAAUUGUGGUGGGAGUAAAUUUUAGAAUUUCAAUUGCUAUUCUACAAAUAGCAUUUUAUAAUGUUUUAU